UCCCUGGACUGGACUAUGUGACUGGGACAGCAGGAUGUACAAUAUGGAUGUGAGUCUGGAACUGGAGCGGCACUUCUUGCUGGACAACCAGAGCUUCUCCAGCGCCUCCAGCAGUGAGCUGUUCCUCUGCGAUGAGGACUCCAGCCACAGUGACUGCUCCAGCUACAGCUACUCCAGCGACCAAGAGUCUGGAGCAGGGCGACUGAGGCCGCGGCGCCGAGGAAAAUGUCCUCAGCAGCAGAUCCAGCAGAGGCAGGCGGCAAACCUCAGAGAACGUCGCCGCAUGCAGAGCAUCAACGACGCCUUCGAGGGUCUUCGAGCGCACAUCCCCACGUUACCGUACGAGAAACGUCUCUCCAAGGUGGACACGCUGAAGCUGGCCAUAGGCUACAUCAACUUCCUCAGCGAGCUGGUGAGGACUGACCGGGGUGGUCUCUGUGACGUAGGCAAGGGCGCAGCCCUCGGACGUACCCGGAACUGCAGGGAGGACGGCAAGAAGGUCAUCGUAAGGGGUGCUUACGGGUCUCCCUAUGCCACACACUCACUGUCCUGGUCCAGCAACAAGGAGAACGGCUGCACAGGAGUCAUGUACGCCAAGGUGUGGACUCCAGAGGACCCAAGGGCCAACAAGUCCUCCGCCAACACAUCCUCCUCCUUCACAAUGGAGAGUUAGAGGACGCGUUAUCCUUCUCGGGGCGCUAUCUAAGCCAGGACCUAUCCUGAUCUUGGAUUUGCCUUGAUUAGUAGAAGAACUUCUACAGACAAAUAUUUUUCCCCAGAUUGGGAAAUUUUCCUCUGGAAAAUUCAUUCGGAUGGGGUGCUCGCUCUAAAAUAAGAAGUUGUCCAAAGGCCUGAAGGAAUAUCUCUUUGGGAAGAACUACUCCUGAUGAAGAUUUGAU